UUAGGCACAUGCAUUAAUCAGAUUCUGCCCGGUGUGUGUGUUGUGUUUAGAUGGAAAAGCGGCAUGAAUGUGACUUUUAUGCGAGUUUAGUGUGGAGUAAAACUCGCUCGUCUGAUCUCAUGUCACCGACUUCCUUCUUCAGAGGGGAUCAUUGAGAGAUCAGACCCCCUUCAGACACUGUGAAGCCAAGGGCUGUCGUGAUGUCGGAGCCCAAAGCGCCCACCCCGGCCCCUGGAGACACCUAUAAAGGCUGGCUCUUCAAAUGGACUAAUUACAUCAAGGGAUACCAAAGGCGAUGGUUCGUCCUGAGCAAUGGCUUACUGUCUUACUACAGGACUCAGGCGGAGAUGGGGCACACAUGUCGAGGCACCAUAAACCUGGCCACGGCCAAUAUUGCGGUUGAGGACUCGUGCAACUUCGUGAUCUCCAAUGGCGGCACGCAGACGUAUCACCUGAAGGCCAGCUCAGAGGUGGAGCGGCAGCGCUGGAUCACAGCACUCGAGCUCGCCAAAGCCAAAGCUUUCCGCAUGCAGGCCGAGUCGGAUGAUUCAGGAGAUGAGUCAACUCCUCCUGCGGCGGGUCAGGGUGGAGGAGCUCGUAACUCAGAGGUUCAGUCAACGCUCCGCACAUUGGGCAGCAAAGUGGAGGAUCUGAGCACCUGCAACGACCUCAUCGCCAAACACGGCUCUGCACUGCAGCGGUCCUUGUCUGAGCUGGAGGGUGUUCGGCUGGGAGGAGAGACGAGUGAAAAGAUUCGCCAGGUGACGGAGCGAGCCACACUCUUCCGCAUCACCUCCAACGCCAUGAUCAACGCCUGCCGGGACUUCCUAGCGUUGGCACAGGCUCACAGUAAGCGCUGGCAGAAAGCCCUGCAGGCCGAGAGAGAGCAGAGAGUGAGGCUGGAGGAGACGCUGGAGCAGCUCGCCAAACAACACAACCAUCUAGAAAGAGCCUUCAGGGGAGCCACUGUCCUGCCUCCAUCACAGAGCAACCCUGCCAUAGACAGCAAAGGCUCAGUUCCAGGAAAGGGUGACGCCAGUGACGAGGAUGAGGAGAAUGAAUUUUUUGAUGCCUGCGAGGAUGUUCAGGAGUUCAUCACUGUACCAGCAGACCCCAAAUAUCACAGAUCCGGCAGCAAUGUCAGCGGGAUCAGUAGCGAAAUGGGAAUGGAUGACGGGACGACGUCGCUGGACGAACAGUCUAUGGCAUCCAAUCCCGAGUCUCCUCAAUCCCAAGAGGUAGUGCCUGUGAGGAAAAGACGGACCCGAAUCCCAGAUAAACCAAAUUACUCUCUCAAUCUGUGGAGCAUCAUGAAGAACUGUAUUGGAAAAGAGCUGUCCAAAAUCCCAAUGCCUGUGAACUUCAACGAGCCGCUCUCCAUGCUGCAGCGUCUCUCUGAGGAUCUGGAGUACUAUGAGCUGCUGGAUCGAGGAGCAAAGUGCCAGAGCUCUCUGGAGCAGAUGUGUUACGUGGCCGCUUUCACCGUGUCAUCGUACUCCACUACAGUUCACCGCACCGGCAAACCCUUCAACCCGCUGCUGGGAGAGACCUUUGAGCUGGACCGCCUGCAGGAGAGCGGGUACAGGUCCCUCUGUGAGCAGGUAAGCCAUCAUCCUCCAGCUGCUGCCCAUCAUGCGAUCUCUGAGCGAGGCUGGACCCUGAGACAGGAGAUCGCGCUGGCCAGCAAGUUCAGGGGCAAAUACCUCUCCAUUAUGCCUCUGGGUUCUAUUCACUGUAUCUUUGAGAAGAGCAACAAUCACUACACCUGGAAGAAAGUCACAACCACAGUGCACAAUAUCAUAGUCGGGAAACUCUGGAUAGAUCAGUCAGGAGAAAUAGACAUCGUGAACCACAGAACGGGCGACCGCUGCCAUCUCAAAUUCGCCCCAUACAGCUACUUCUCCAGAGACGUGGCCAGAAAGGUCACAGGGGUGGUGACGGAUAAAGAUGGGAAAGCACACUAUGUUCUGUCCGGCACGUGGGAUGAGAAGAUGGAGUGCUCUCGGGUCAUGCAGAGCAGUAGAGGAGGAGAGAACGGAGCCGAUGGACGACAGAAAACCGUCUAUCAGACACUCAAAGCCAAAGAGCUGUGGAGGAAGACACCGCUGCCGGAGGGCGCUGAAAACAUGUACUACUUCUCAACGCUGGCGCUGACGCUAAAUGAGCCGGAGGAAGGCGUCGCUCCCACGGACAGCAGAAAGCGGCCGGAUCAGCGUCUGAUGGAGCAGGGCCGCUGGGAGGAGGCCAACGCUGAGAAACAGAGGCUGGAGGAAAAACAGCGCACGGCCCGAAGAGAGCGAGAGCGAGAGGCCAACCGCUCCGCCAACCCUGAGGAGGGUAAGGAGCCAGCGGACGGCGCUGAAGAAGUCGAGAUUGCCACUGAGCCUUCUGAGACCACUGACAAAACCGACACAGACGAAACCUCCUCUGAUCUUUCACUCUCAACUGAAACACUGCAUGGCUCACACCCACCCUCAUACUCAAUGGAGGGUCCGUAUGGAGCUCCGGUCAAAAGCGGACACCAGGACAGCUAUAAGGCGAUGUGGUUCGAUCGGUGUGUGGAUCCGAUGACCGGAGAGCCCACGCACAUCUACAGAGGAGGAUACUGGGAGACAAAAGAGCAGGGAAACUGGGACUCCUGCCCAGAUAUCUUCUGAUCUCCAAAUCACGCACACGACCCACAACACCCUUCGCCAUUUCCCCAAUAAAAACAACUCAAAAGACCCUUCUCUUUUUCCCGUAUCGUAGUAUAUCAAGAUACACGUCCUCUCUUUCGCCAGCCAUGUUCUACUCAGUGGACAAUAAGGGACCUUGAAAUGGUUUCGGGACAUUCACCCGACGCCACCAAAUCCACUGUGCGUCUCUUUUCCUCGUGUUCACUGGAUUAUUAGUGGUUCGGCUGAUGCUAGCAUUAGGAAAACAUAUCCUUUCCCUGCUCCACAUGUCUUCCUCAGGCUGUGGAUGUCACCUUAAACGUGCAGGCGAAUAUGGAGGCGUGUUUGUUUGUAUAUGUGUGUCUAUGUGGUUUACAGGGACACUGAGCUGUAUAAUGACUCUAUUAAAGAGGUCUCUGUAAUUCAAAACACUUGGAAAUCAUGCUAAAGUGGUCUUUUGAAAUUCAAAGGGGUUUCCUGUAAGGUAAGGCCAUAAAAAAAGUGUUUCUGCUGUAUAAAAUACAUUACGCCUAUAGAGUGUCCCUGUAAAUCAUGUAUAGAUGUAUGAGUGUGUUAGUAAAUGUGCGAGUGAGUUAAGUGAAGCGCUGUAUACAGGGUUUACAAGGACACUGAGUUGUAUAAUGACUUAGUUGUACUUUAUUAAUGUUGUCCCUGUAAUACAAAACACUUAAAAAAUCAUACCUUAUGAGGUCUUUAGACAUUCAAAGGGGGGUUUCCUGUAAGGGUUGGGUUUUGGUAAGGCCAUAAAAUAAGUGUUUCUGCUGUAUAAAAUACAUUACACCUAUAGAGUGUCCCUGUAAACCAUGUAUACAAGUAUGUGCGUGUUUGUAAACAUGUGAGUUGGGUGAAGCGCUGUAUACAGGGUUUACAGGGACACUGAGUUGUAUAAUGACUUAUUUGUACUCUAUUAAUGUUGUCCCUGUAAUACAAACACUUGAAAAUCAUACUGAAUGUGGUCUUAAUGUGGUUGGAUUUUGGUAAGACCAUAAAAUUAGUGUUUUCUACUGUAUAAAAUACAUUCCGCCUAUAGAGUGUCCCUGUAAAUCAUGUAUAGAUGUGUGUGUGUGUGUGUGUGUUAGUAAACGGGCGAGUGAGUUAAGUGAAGCGAUGUAUACAGGGUUUACAGGGACACUGAGUUGCAUAAUGACUUAGUUGAACACUAAAGUGGUCCCUGUAAUUCAAAACACUUGAAAAUCAUACUUAAUAAUGAGGUCUUUAGACAUUCAAAGGGGUUUCCUGUAAAAGUUGGGUUUUGGUAAGGCCAUUAAAUAAAUGUUUUCUACUGUAUAAAAUACAUUACGCCUUUAGUGUGUCCCUGUAAACCAUGUAUACAAGUAUGUGUUAGUAAACGUGAGUUUAGUGAAGCUGUGUAUUUGUGGUUUACAGGGACACUGAGUUGUAUAUUGACUUGGUUGUACUCUAUUAAGGUGGUCCCUGUAAUUCAAAACACUUGAAAAUCAUACUUAAUGAGGUCUUCAGGCAUUCAAAGGGGUUUCCUGUAAGAGUUGGGUUUUGGUAAGGCCAUACAAUAAGUGUAUUUUACUGUAUAAAAUAUGUUACGCCUAUGGAGUGUCCCUGUAAACCAUGUACACAAGUGUGUGUAUGUGUUUUUGAAUGUGCGAGUGAGUUUAGUGAAGCGCUGUAGUGAUCUUUCCUUUUGGUGAGAGUGUCAGAGUUGGCCUUGGUUUGUGGAUUUUAAAGGAAUAGUUUGUGCAAAUAAUAACAGCGGUUUGUUGGAUGAGAGAUAAAAGAAGGGAGGCGGCCCGGGUGAGUUUGUGCAAAUAUGAUUAAGAUGUCAUUGGUUACUUGCCACUUGAUUUUUUUUGGGUGAGGUACAGUAUGCAACAGUUUUGAACUCAAGUGUUGUGACAAGCUCAAAAAACACAUGAAAAUAGUGUCAUGAAAUGGUGCUAGUUUUCAAGUCUUUUGAUUAUACAUAAUAGUUUUGUGUGAGGAAUUCUACACUUGUUCAAGUUGCCGUGCUUUUUGGCUUUACACUUGCACAAAUUUGCAUCCUUUUUGUUCUUAAUUAUAAAUUUUGAGACUUUUUAACACAACAAAUGAACGCUUUUUCCCCCUUUAUAUUUUUCUGUUUUCUCUGAAUUCUGCAUUUUUAUCUCACAAUUCUGACUUUUUUCCUCUCUAUUUUUCUUUUUUCAGAAUUGAGACACUUUGUCAAUUGUGAGGAUAAUAGACUUUCUCAGCAUCAGAAUAUACUUAUUUUCUUCAGAGUUUGGCUUCUUUUCUUAGACUUAUGUCCUUUUUCUCGGUAUUCUGCAUUUGCAUCUCCAGUUCUGACUUUUUGUUUCCACAUAAUUGCAGGUUUAUGAAAUUCUUACAUUUCUAACUUCACUACAGGACUGCAAGUUCAUAACUAAAAAUCUGCAUAUUUACAGUUAAUCAAUAGACCCACGGAUUUCAGUCUUUUUAUCCUCACACUAGGCUAUUGUAGUACUUAAAGGAGCAGUUCACCCAAAAAUGAAACUACUCUGCAUUUACUUACACUCAAGCAGUUCUAAACGUAUGAAUGUCUUUCUUCUGUUGGACACGAAACAAGACAUUCUGAAAAAUGUUGGGGAAAAACAGCCAUUCACAUCUAUAGUAGGAACAAAUAUGACUUGUUUUUGUCAAACAUUCUUCAGUUUAACUUCCUUUUACGUUAAACAGGGGAAAGAAACUAAAACAGGUUUGGAACAAGUGAAGGAUGAGGAAAUUAAAACAUUUACCUUUUUUCAUUUUCAUUUUUGGGUAAACUAUCCCUUCAAGCCAACAGCUUACUUGAAACCCUUGAAAUAUAAUGCAUAGUUACACCAGUCAUGACAUCCAGUGGUGUUUUUUAGAGCCAGUUAUUCUUGAACAUUCGCACCAUUAUCCCAACCAUUUGCUUAUAAGAUCAUCAAUGAACACUAACCUAAAUAUCAGUAUAUUUCUCUCAGUAUUCCAUCAUGUUACAUGAAAUAUAACACACACUUACGUCUCUUGUUGUUAAAUAAGUUGUUAUUUUUGGAGCUUUUCAACAGAAAGUUUGGGGUUAAAAGGGCAAAUAAAUAAUGGCAUCACUUUAAUAUCUGCAUUUACUAUUCCUUUAAAUCCCAUCACAUCUGCAUAGUCCGUUCUAAGGAUAGUAAUUCCGAUUUCUUAUUAACAGCUGCUGAAAUUAUGCAUAAAAUGACUAGCGAAUGUUUUAAGCGAGUGUUUAUAACCUCCAGAACAGCAUACAUGUCGAUGCUUACAAGGCAUUUUCAUGCUUUUUUAAAUGAAAGCAUCAAUGUAGCAGUUUAAACUGAGUUGCUAAUGCAAACUACCUGUUUAUUUGUGUUUCCCUUUCGCCUGAACACACACUGCAAAAGGUGGUUAUUACUUUAAAAAGCCAGUAAACCCACUGCUUUAAAAGAGACAAUUGGACUUCACUAAGUAAACUAGUAACUCAUUAUUAUUAAGUUGACAUCUUCAUUUUUGUAAUUAUCCACAUUGUUAAAAGUGAUUAGUUAACUUCAAAUUAUGAAGUAAAUGUCCUGUGUGCAUCAUUACAAAAAUUAUGUUAAGACAACUUUAACAGUUUUAAGUUACAACAGAAAAACUUGAUAGUACUUUUUAGUACUAGCUUAAAGAGUAAGAUCAACUUGUCAUUUUUAAGGCAGUGGGUUUACUUGUUUAUUUUAAUUAAUCACUUUUUACAGUGCACUUAGUUCAUCUACUUAGUAAUGUUAAGCUGUUGGGUUUACUAAUUUUAUUUAAGUAAAGCCAGCUGAUUGUUUUUUUAUGCAGAUGCAUUAUGGUCAUGUGGAAAGAAGAAGAAUGUCCACAAACUGAGGCACUCGUGUGUGUGUGUGUGUGUGUGUGUGUGUGUGUGUGUGUGUGUGUGUGUGUGUGUGUGUGUGUGUGUGUGUGUGUGUGUGUGUGUGUGUGUGUGUGUGUGUGUGUUCCAAGUGGACACGUGAGGUCAAGGGAGUAUGUAUGUAUGUGUGUGAGAUCAUGCGUGACGUAUUUGGGGUUUGUUGUAUAUUCCAGUGAAACAAAAAAAAAGAAAAAUCGCAUUUUAUUUUCAAGUGUACUUAAAACACAUGCGUGGAAAAAAAAGACGAAAAUACAACAGUUUGCAAAAAACAUUGCAAAUAUUUGUGUAUAUAUAAAUAUAUAUAUAUCAAAUAAUGAAGACGAAUAUUAAUACCAAUUCUUCUAAUGCUGACACUGACAGCUAGAGUUAUAAUUAUGAUGGUAAUUUUGAUGUAGUUUGAGGGUUCAACAUAAUUAUUUUGACUUUUAUCUUUGUUUUGGUUUGUUUGAUAUGGGAUUUGACAAUGCUUUUGUUUUCCCUCAUAUCAAAAGCAUUUGCUUAUUGUUUUCCUAUGGAUCCAGACUAAUAGACAUUUUAUAUAUGUGUAUAUCUAUCCCGUCGUCCUCUUAUUCCGUUAAUGCGGCAGUGAGUAAUAACUGCAGAGUCUGUUUGAGUCUCUUUUUAUUUGUCUUGUUGAUUUUUUUUUUUUCUUUUCUUCAUGUUGUCCCUCUCUUGGCCUCUGAUCUUUGUGUCGCCGCACAGAAACGCCCUUGACUGAUGAUGAUGAUGAUGAUGAUGAUAAUAAAAGCUGGUUUGAAAUGGAUCUGAUCAAACGCA